AUGCCUGCCAAUCCCUUCCUCCUAGCCGCUGAUAAUAGUCCGGCUCUACUACCCCUUCUUCGCGAGAACCCAACAUUGGCUUCGCAGCAGGAUGAUCAUGGCUACUCUUUAGUCCAUGCAGCAGCAAGCUAUAACCACCUCGAUCUUCUUCGCACCUUGAUUCGCGAAUUCAAUGUGGAUGUUAAUUUGCGCGAUGAGGAUGAAGAAACGGCGCUUUUCGUUGUCGAAACUGUCGAUGCUGCUCGGAUUUUAGUUGAAGAGCUAGGUGCUGAUACCGCAAUAACCGGUUCAGAUGGACAUACGGCGCGCCAGAAAAUAGCUGAAGAGGGUGAUUUCCCUGACGUCGCCGAGUACCUACAGAGCAAGGAGACUUCUAGCAACAACGCCCAAGCCCAGCAUCUCACGAAUGGAACUAAUGGGAACACGAAUGGUCCACUGCCCCUACCAAAUGGCAUCCAAAUAUCCGAUGUGUCUAUCAGCGCCGUUGCACCCGCCGAGGAGGAACAGAUCGAAGUCGAUUCUGAAUUACGAAGAAGGAUAGAACAACUAGCUGAGCGGGAUGACUUUCAUUCCGAAGCUGGCCAGGCAGAAUUGAGACGACUGAUUCAAGAUGCCGUCGCAGAUCAGAGUUGGGCAGGUCGCAAUGUCCGGUCGAGGCAAGAUUAG